CAGGUGACUGCUGUUCUUCCUCCUCCGCGCCUUUUUGGCUGGCAUCAAGAUGGAUUGGCGAGCUCGAUCAAGCACCUUGAUGUGGUCAUGAGGCCAUGUUGUUGUUUGCAGGCCUCCAUCCAACCAGCCUUGAGGUCGGGCUCCUAUCUAGAAGGCAGGCAGGGAGGCAAGGGGUGAGGGGGCACGUGAUGGGCAACGCACUCCCAGACCCUUCAUUCAAACGACUUCCAAUCUACAUUUAACCUGGGAGUUGGCUGACUGGGGGGGUUUCUUGCUAUAAGCUCGACGUCGGAGAGCAGUCUCAUUACCAUGCUGUCGUCGGAAGAUCCAACCCCGCCGUACCCAGACGGCCUGAGAUUGGAAUCAGUAGACCUUUUCUUUCGUCAUGGCGCGCGGACACCCACGGCUCCAAUCUUUCUCAAGGAGUUGGGCCUUCCUCGAUUCUGGCCGCUGUGCGCAGGGGUCCAGCAUCGCUAUACGGGAGUCCUGCCACAUGAUGGGGGUGAAACAGACCCCAUCUUCAGCUGGCGACGGGCGCUCGAAACAUUCGGUCCUAAUGAUGAUGGCCCGGUUCUUGCUACUGGAGGUGAUAGUCUAUGCAACCACGGCGAGCUGACUGACCAGGGCCGCGCGGGCAUGGUCGCCCUCGGGGCGGAGCUGCGGAGGCUCUAUAUCGAUCGACUACAGCUGUUCCCCGCGAUCAUGGCCAACCCUGACCGCAUUACUUUCCGCUCGUCCCCGUACCCCCGGGCGCUGGAGUCGCUGCAGCAUGUCAUCCGGGGGUUCCUCCCCGCAGGAAGCCGGGCCUCCACGUUCGGGGCCCCGCGGAUCGUGAUGCGCAGCCCGCAGGAAGAGACCGUCCUUCCCAACGAGGACUACUGCCAGCGAUUUAUCCAAAUCAGUAAGGCAUACAUGCGACGGACGGCCGACCGGUGGAACCAUAGCCCGGAGGUGGACUACCUAAACACCCUGCUCGGGGCCCGCAUGCCAUCCGGGCAGCGAGUGGCGGUGGAUGGGAAGCCCCGGAUCCACGGCAUCCACGAUAUCAUCCACUCGACCGCCGCCAGCGGAUCUCCCGGUCUCCGGCUGCCCACGGAAUUCCACGACGCGCAGGUGAAGCAGAUCGUGGAGCGGAUCGCGUUCGAAGAGGAGUUUGGCGGGUACGAGGAGAGCCACGAGCUGCGAGUGCUGGGGGUCGGGCCCCUCCUGGGCGAUGUGGUGCAACGGAUGGUGCAGUCGGCCCAGAGACGCGACGGCGCUCGGCUCUUUCUGGCGGGCUCGCACGACUCGACCCUGGGCGCCAUCGCAACCGCCCUCGGGGCUGUGGACCUGCGCCGGCCGGGGAACUGGCCCCCGUACGGCUCCAUCCUGGCGGUCGAGCUGUUCCGGGACGAGGACCCGGGACUGGGAGAUGCCUCGUCCCCGGGCGCACCUCCUAUCGGGCGGAUGCCGACUGAUGCCCUCUCCGCUCGCCAGCAGGAAGCCCUGGCGCCCUACUAUGUGCGUCUCCGCUACAACAACCAGUCGCUGGUGGUGCCGGGCUGCCGCGCCCCCGGGCGCAAUUGGCGCGGCGACGAGCGCUUCUGCACGCUGGCCGCGUUUAAAGAGAUUGUGGACCGAUUCACUCCAGCCGACUGGGCCCAGGGGUGUCUCACCAACCUGGACCGACCCGGUCUGCCGGAGAGGAUUGACCCGGCCGGGUACUAGACCAUCACAUUAGACUACGUACAGGAGGUGGUCGGUGGUGGGAAUCGAGUG